UACAUGUCACUUAGUUUGGGGCAUAAGCAUGGAGCAUAUACUACCAGAGUAAUGAUCCAUCCUUGGAUGGAGAAAUAUGGUCCGCAUUUACGAUGAAAAUAAAGCUGCUUCAACAUUCGAUUGAAUUUCGAUCAAAACAGUGAAAACGAAACAGCACAGCAAUAUCAACAUCCUCUAAUUCGGCAAUGGAGGCUCAUAUGAGGAUCCUGAACCCCUCAAUUCUUGGUCGCCACCUUCUUCAGAAAACCACUUCACAUUCACAUUCACAUUCUCUUCUCCAUCUGCCGAAAUCAAAACCCGCUCUCCCUUUUCGUUAUUGCUACCACCGUAACGCAACACCCAUAAUCUGCUCCUCUCAAUUUCCCACCUUUCCAAAUCCAAAUCCCAAUCCCAAUCCCAAUCCCUUCACCUUCUUCUCCUCUCUCACCGCCUCCCAAAACCUCAACUUUUCUCACCCUACAAAUAAUGUCAGCCCCUUCCUCUCCCGUUCUCAUGGUGGCGGAUUCGUUUGGAACCCUGCUUCGGAGAACAGGAUUGGGGGAAAGAUGGGAUUUUGCGGGGCGGAAGGGAGGGUUACGACGGUGGUGUUGUUGGGGUGGCUGGGAGCGAAGACGAAGCACCUCAAGAGGUACGUGGAGUGGUACAACGCGCGUGGAGUACACGCGAUGACGUUCGUGGUUGAUGUGAGGGAGCUGCUCUCCUUCGACCUUGGGAGGAUACUUGAGAGGCGAAUCUCUGCGCUGACGGAUGAGCUCAUCACGUGGGUGUCACGUGACGAAGAGGAUGGGAGACAACGCUGUUUGGUGUUUCACACUUUCAGCAACACUGGUUGGUUUACUUAUGGUUCCGUUCUGGCGAGAAUGCUCGAUAGACAGGAUCUGAUGGAUAAGAUUAAAGGAUGCAUUGUUGAUUCUGGAGGAGGAGAACCCUUUAAUCCACAGGUAUGGGCUGCUGGUUUUUCUGCUGCCAUAUUGAAGAAGCGCAGCUCUUCGACCCAAGCCACUGAGACUGAAGUUAACACAUCAACCAUUCAACAAAAUGAACCUUCAAGAAUGGAAAUCGUGGUCUUGGCACUUCUAGAGAAAUUGUUCUCAUUUCUAUUGAAAUUGCCUGAUGUGAAUCAGAGGUUAACAAGGGUUGUGAAUGUGCUGUUGAAGGAGCAACCUUGCCCUCAGCUAUACCUGUAUAGUACCGCUGACAAAGUGGUUCCGUACCAAUCAAUAGAAGGGUUCAUUGAGGAGCAAAGGAGGAUGGGAAGGAGGGUAAGGUCCUUCAACUUCGGUUCAUCCCCUCAUGUGGAUCAUUACAGGACUUUUCCGGACUUGUAUUUAUCAGAGGUUACUGAUUUCUUGAACGAGUGUUUUGCAACAGCCAACAAGACCACUUCCAUAUCUUGAGAGUCACUACCUUUCAAGUGUAAAAUUAUUUGCUUAUUGGUUAGUCCCAAGUGGAAUUUAUUUACUUUGGCUAUAUGAACAUGUAUGCAACAUUCAAAAUUUCAGAAAUAGAUCGAUUCUUUUGAUGAUUGAUGAAG